AUGUUAAUAGGAGGAGUAAAAAGCAUAGGAGGUCAAGUGAGCAAAUUUGGAGGUGUCCAGAAUCACCAUACUUUGGAUUCUCAGUUUUGGGGGACUAAACUACCUAAUAAGGUUAAGUUGUGUGUUUGGAAAGCAUUGAAGGGAUUUUUCCCAAUCCGUAGUAGAUUGUUGUCACGUCUGGUAGAUGUUCCGGUUCAUUGUGGGCUCUGUCAGCAGGACUCGAAAGUAGAUGAGCAUCUCUUCAGGGACUGUGUAGUUUCAAGAAGGAUUCUCACUCCUCUACUUGGACAGUUAGCUCAGCAGCAACUUCCAUUUCCAGCUUGGUUGAAGCUUUGUAUGGGGGUGUUAUCUUCUCACAAACGGUCUGAAUUAUUGGUGCUUCUUUGGUCUAUCUGGAAGGCUAGGAAUGAUAAGGUUUGGCAUGACAAGGCUUGCGAUCAUCUUAAAGUUAUUGUGAGAGCUCAUCUGUGGCUUCAGAAUUAUCUACAGGUUAAUCGUCCUCCAGUUCAAAUUGGUCGUCAAAGGUCUAAAUGGAUGAAACCGUAG